UGUCUGUCUAGGACUCUACGCAGCAAAGGUGUAAUUCAGCCAAUUCUAUUUCGCAAAUACUCUUUUUAACGGAUAAAUUCGUAUAAAUUGCAUUUACUCAAAAACGGAAUACAUAUCUCGGCGCAUAUGACUGAUUCGUUCUGAAGAUUUUUCGGCCUAAAUUUCAUAAUUGGAUUCUUACGACUUGGCUAUGGGAUUCAAUAAAGUGUACAGGUCACUGCAGGAACUUUUCCCUCAGAUUGAUGCUCGAGUUCUAAGAGCUGUUGCUAUUGAGCACAGCAAGGAUGUUGAUGCUGCUGCUGAGGCAGUGCUUAUGGAGAUCAUCCCUUUCCUCACAGAAAGAUCUCGAUCAACUACACCUUUGGCUAGGAGCAUAUCUGAAAGCCAAUCAUCUCAAGAUGCCACAGCUACUACUCAGACUGUGAAUAUCCCACCCAUGAAUGCAUUAGGUUCAGCUGAUGGAAAGAACGGCGACAAUGUGUCUGGUGGACAUAAGCUGGGUUGGUACCAUGAAGCUGAUAAUGGGCACAAUGGACCAACUACACCUUUGACUGAGAGCAUAUCUGAAAGCCAAUCAUCUCAAGAUGCCACAGCUACUACUCAGACUGUGAAUAUCCCACCCAUGAAUGCAUUAGGUUCAGCUGAUGGGAAAGAGGGUAACAAUAUGAAUGGUGGACAUAAGCUGGGUUGGUACCAUGGAGCUUAUAAUGGGAACAAUGGACCAUUCAUGGGUACAUCUCCAGGGCAUCUUGGUCAACAGAGUAGUACUGUGGGAUUCAUAUUGUCCGGGCAGAAUCUUGGAAACUCUCAUGAUGAAAAUGUUGAGUCGGUUGAUAAAGAUGAAGCACUUUCUGGCAUGAAAUGCGGAGUGGAGAUUCCAUUUGAUGGUUUUCCUUGUAAGACAUCUAUUACUUUGCAAGCUGAGAAUAUUGGAGCUGAUCAAAACAAGAAUCUCGCCCAAGACAAGGUGGACUGUAUCCACUUAGAGACGAUGCUAGAAGCUGCCAGUGAUCAGGAGAAAUCUUCGGCAGAUGGACAUAAUUCUUUUUCUGGGCAGUCUUCAUCGUCUUUGCAUGAUCUGAAAACAUGCCCAAUGGAAAACAUUGUCCAGUUGGCAGUAGUGCAGGAUGUACAAGGAAGUCAUCUAGAGGAAUCCAAAAAAUGUUUGCCAGUUAAUACUUCCUCCGAGAUGGAAAUUUCAAGCCACAUUGUCGACAUUGAAGAUGAGUCUAAACUUAAUGCCUCCAUGUCCCAGUCCAGCCAAAUUCAUAUGAUGGGCAUGCUCGAGGGAAUCAUUGCUAGUGCGACAAAUAAUAAGGAAACGUUGUUCUCAGGGAUGCAGUCUAUCAUUAGCUUGAUGAGGGAAGUGGAACUUAAAGAGAAAGCUGCAGAACAAGCUAAAUUGGAAGCCGCUAUGGGCCGUGCUGAUUUACUGGCCAAGUUGGAAGAGCUUAAGAAAACAGUGCAACUUACGAAGGAGUUAAAUAGCAUGCAUGCUGGCGAAGUUUAUGGUGAGAAGGCCAUUCUAGCAACAGAAUUGAGAGAGCUUCAGUCUCAUGUGCUCUCCCUGUCUGAUGAAAGAGAUAAAUCUCUUGCUGUUCUCAAUCAGCUGUACUUCAUGGGCAUAAUUAGAAAUUCUAUGCAGAUGCGUCAAACUUUGGAGGUACGGCUAGCUGCAGCUGAGAAUGAAAUAAAAUCUGCGGAGAAAGAAAAAUUAGAAAAAGAAAAGGCUGCAAUGAAGGCCCUUGCUGAAGAGGAGUUGAUUAUGGAAAAAUUGGUGCAAGAGUCAAAGAUCCUGAAACAACAGGGCGACGAAAAUGCUAAGUUGCAGGAAUAUCUCAUGGAUCGUGGUUGUGUUGUCGAUAUGCUGAAAGGAGAACUGGCUGUGAUAUGUCAUGAUGUAAAACUGCUGAAGGAAAGCUUUGAUGAGAAUGUCCCGUUUAGCAAAUCCCUCUCUUCCAGCCUGACGAGCUGUCUAAUAGCUUCCUCCACUUCAUCUUCCAAAAGUCUGAAUCCCGAGGUUUUAGCGCCAGCUGACACUGACUUAUUGGUGGCUGAAACAGAGAGAGAUGCUGUUUCUUGUUCUCCCGAUCAGCUGUCCAAAGGGGAAUUGAAGACUAGAGAUGAUCGUAAAGCACUCGUGGAUGAUGGAUGGGAAUUUUUCGAAGAUGGCGAUGGUUCUGAAUGAGUGCAUAAUCAUAUCUCAAGUUAAGUUUGACUGGGAAAACUUGAAUUUGCACUUUUCCAGAGUACAGUUUGAUAGAGAAAUGUUUGAAUUUGCAAUAUAUUUCAAGUUUUGAUUGCUAUGAAUUUUAGCUGCUUGAUUUUUAGUUCGUUUGUGAGGGGUUUGAGUUUGGUGGAUUUAUGAACGCCUCGUUAUAUUUGCCUUUUGUAAAUGGUAAUAAUAAGGUUUGUUUAUAUUUGGAACUUGAAAUAAAUUGUGUUGUUGCGU